UGCUCACACAUUUUAACAGCAAGUUGAGAAAUAGACACACAGGAUUAGUGGGCUGAAAGAGAGUUUAAUAAACUGAGCUGUGAUCUUCAGGAGGGGAAACGGAUCUGAUCCUGUGGUUUUUGUGUCAUACAGAGAGAGGAUACGAAUUUUAUUUGCAGACAAAAGAAAACAUGCAGCUUCAGUUUGUGAUCUUUGCUGUAUAUCUGGUGACCACAGCAGCAUUUCCAGUUCCACAAGAUUCUGUCAGUACAUGGGAUACAAACCUGGCCAUCAACAAGGCUGACCUGACCAAGCAACAUGAUGGAAUGUGGAAGACCCAUGUGGUGAGCAAUGACCUGUACUCCCAGGACUCCCUCAACCCCAUGGCAGCUGAGCUCCGGCACAAACUGAGCCAGGAGUCUGAACGGCUACUGGCUCGCCUCAGACAGGAACUCGUGGAGCUCAGACAGAGGCUCUCUCCUUACCCCAGCCACCCCCAUCACAGCCCGACCAACAUCCGCGAUCUCCUUGCUCCCUUUACCAGGCGCCUCCAGGAGGCUCUCGACUCCAACACCCACGACCUCUGCGGCCAUCUCAUGAUGACCCUGCAAGGGCUUCAUCCGGACCGACCCUCCCUUUACCAAGAGGCAAUGCAGUCGGUGGGUCAAUCUCUGGACGAGGGCCAUCGGAGGAGGACCGCUGCCUUUGAGGACUUUAAAACCAAGGCUUUCGAGGCGGUGGAGGAGGACCGAGACAGCAGCAGGAAGGAACUCUGGGAGGAAGUCACAGCCAGACUGGGGCAGGAGAUCCUCUCGUUCAGUCUGGAAGUCCAGGGCAAGGUGGCGGCCCUAAAGGUGUCGCUGACAACACUCCUGACUUCAUCGGAUCCCCCGAGAAGUGAGAUCAUCACCAAAGUGGACCAGUUCUGCAACCUUUCCGCGUCACAGAACGAAAAGUUCAUUUCAAAUUUAGAGCAGCUCACGGCCAGGCUGGAAGAAAAGCAGAGUCAAGGGGAGCAAAGCAGUCACGCCAACAUAGACUCCAUCCAGGAGGACUUCUCCACCAGGUUAAACGCAUUACUCCAGGACAUUGUGCACACUCUUAACUAGAGAGACGUGCGGCAUCAGAAUUACCACUGUAAUGUAAAUAGUAGUCAUGUCGAACUGUACAGUGUUGUCUUUCAUAAAGAUGUCUAGUCAAUGCAACUUUUUAUACGCAACCGAAAGUGCAAACGUUGUAUCAAGUGCAAAAAAAAACCACCAGUGAACUGUUUUUGAGAUGCUGAUUUAUUGAGCUUUGUGUAAUCAAUGUCUAUAUAUAUUCUAUUUUUUAAAUAAAUGCAUGCAAAAUGUGAUUAAAAGUGUUUUUAUCAUC